UUAACUACCCAACAAGAGAAAUUAAAACAAAUAAAAAAUUCUAUGGAGUGAUUUGUUCGCAGAAGGGAACAAAUUUAUUCCACGCAUCUGGACCCUCCCUGCAACACUUUUUUGAGCCGCUCUGGUGAAAGGUUGAAAAAAUUAUGGCAGAUUACCAUUAAUAGUAAGCCUUCUGAGCAAAGUUUGAAAAAAAAGUGCCUGUUUAAUUAUAAUUGGUUCGUAAUUUGUCAUGUCCGUGCAUCGUGGACUGUAUGUGUACAGACGGAAUAGAUAUUAUAACCUCACCAAUCUCCGUUAAAAAAAAAAUUAUAUGUUUGAAAUUGCUGUUCCAUUCCAAUUGUUCCGUAGCAGAUUCUGUUGGAUUAGCUGCAAGUAAUUCGGGGAGGCCAGAUCCUGCUAUCAAUUCCAGCUUGAGAGGCUACCCAUUGGUGUUUUGUUUAGCUGGUAUUUUCUGAAAAAUCUCUGUUUUUUAUCAGUAGGUUAGGUUAUUUGAUUUAAAUUGCAGAGGUAUACCAUGGAUGCCAAUCUGGGAAGUCUUCAUUUCGAAGACCCAAUUAUUCCAGUGUCGUUAACGCUCGAGUUGUGGCCCAAACCGGUAAUUCCCACUUCGUCUCAGGAAGCGGAGAUUCAAAUGCCCGAUGAAAACUCUAGACGGAGGGUGAAAAAUAAAAACCCUAAGGUUAAGGUUUCCAGUGAAAACCCUAGACCUACGGUUUCAUUUGAAAAUCCUAGCCUUAGGGUUUCAUCUUCUGCAGCAGCGCAUCAGAUUCAGGGUGAUUUCAAUUCCGAAUUAGAGGAGGCAUGCAUAAAUUUUUUCUCAGAGGAAUUUUCUGAUGAGGGUUUUCACGUCAGUAAUAAGAGGAGAAAAACCCUAAAUGUAAAUAUGGAUGCGGAGAUCUGGGGGUCUCUGCCUGUUGAGCUUAUGGAUAUUAUAGUAGGGCGUUUGCCAUUGACAGGUCUAAUUAGGGCACGGGCUGUUUGCAAGAGAUGGCGAUGGCUUUCUUCGCCUUACCAUGAAUCCGACACUCCAUGGCUGAUGCUGCAGUGCAGGGAAAAUGAGGGGGCUGGGCGCUGGGUUUUCGAUCUUGCAUUGAACAGUUGGCGCAAAAUUGAGGCAAAGCCCUUUCGCAGGACUGUCUGUGUUGCAGCAUCUGGGGGCAUCUUGUGCUUGUAUAAAGAAGAUCCUGUGCAUGCAAAGCUUUAUCUUUUUAAUCCCAUUAAUGGAUUCCGGACUAAGCUACCUGCACUCCAGGGCCGUGUUAAAUUAGUCACGUUUGCCAUGAACCCUAUUUCAAUGGAUUACCGGUUGUUGGUUGUUGUACGUGGGAGGAACAGUUUGACGUUGAGGACACAUCAGCCUAAUAGCAGUAGGUGGACAAGAUCAGAUAUUCAUACUUCUUCAAAACUGCUCAAGGGUGUAACUGAUGCUGUUUUGUGUGAUGACCGGCUUUACUGCAUAACUCACAAGAAUUGGGGUAUUUUGAAGAUGUUUGAUCUAAAAGAGAGCGCGUGGAGGGAUUUGACUGUGAAGAGGCCUGGAAUUUUCAACGUGAACCUAAAGAAGACACCGAGGUUAUACUUGGUGGACUCUCAGGGUGAUCUUUUGAUGGUCUUGAGGAUCGUUGGCCCAUGGUGGUCUGGUCCAGAUGAUGAAGAAAGCUGUAAUGACGAUCCUCAGGAACCUAAGGAUGCAUACCCUGUGGCAAGAAAGAGAAUUUGGAUAUUCAAGCUCGAUUCUGUGCAUAUGAAGUGGGUUGAACUGAAUACCCUUCAGGGAAGGCUUUUGUUUUUGAGUAGGCUAGGGUCAAAAUCUGUUAAAGCAAAAGGAAAAGGAAACAAGAUCUAUUUUGUUGAAUCAGAGAAUUUAAAGAAUGUUGUAUCAUAUGAUGUUGAAACACAAAGUUGGGAAGAGUUUCCUCCCCUUCCAAAGAGUCCUGACUUGCUGCCAGGUCUCUACUCACACUAUCCCACUGAGGGAGUUUGGUUCGAUCCUCACACACAACAGCAGAUUUUGUGAUAGGGGACUUCACUUGUGCAAUCAGAAUUGGAGGAAUUCGAUUUGGAGAAUGGUUCAAUGUAUUUUAUUAUGCAACGCCACUCGCUAGCAUAAAAUGGUGAAUUUCAAUUGGUUCAGCAUACUGAAUUCUGUCAGAGUUGCUGCUUAUCAAGUACAUAAUGGUCGAACAUUUUCAACAAAAUUGCAGACAGGAAAGUUUUGGUAAGAUUGCAAACAAUGCUUUUCAAAGACUGUUGAUACCCAAGUGAUUUAUCUCUUGAAAUGCUGAAGGCUGUAUGCAGUUAUUAUUUUGAAAGGAUAAUUUCCAAUUUUUUGAUUUGUUGAAGGCGUUCACGGUUUAUUGUGAAACUUUUCGUCCUGGAUUGCAUCAGCCCUUAAUUAACGUGAAAUGUCUGUGUACAAGUACUAACAAGCGGAAAUAAUGAUGGCUAAAUUUUAGUUACCCGGAAGUUUAAAAAAGUGUAUCAUAUGGCUUGAUAAUAUUGAAAUGCUUAUUUAGGAGGAGUCGUGAGCAGGAACCGUGAACUAUCUACAUCCUUGUUCUUGUUUGUAUGUAAUAAAAGUUGUUUUAUCUUGUGAUUCAUCUCUUUAAA